AUGUUUGUUGGAACAUCAAAAGAAAGAUUUUUCUAUCAUAAUACAUUGAUAUGCCUAGUAAGGGGUUUGACAGGUCAAAAUAUCACUGUGGACCUUCGUAAUGAUGCUUAUGUUUGUGGAAAAAUGGACAUUGUGGAUGGUUAUAUGAACUUAUCAUUUACAAAUGUUGUUUAUUGUGAUCCUCAAGGGAAUGAAUUCUUCUUUGAAAAUAUGUUCAUACAGGGUCGUAACAUUCGAUAUGUUCAUAUCCCAGAAACAACAUCUAUUGUUUCAACAAUUAACAAAGAAUUAAGUUCAAGUAAAAAACCAGUGGCUAAUAAGAAAGGUGUCAAUGAAUCUAGAAAAGUCAAGAAAGCUCUCAAACAACAUUUAGAAACUGUGGCUUCUUUGCAAUAA